AUGAUCCGGCCGCUGUCAUUUAGUCGCAAUAGAUGGGAGUUCACCCCGUCCACGCACGCGCUUGACCAUCCACACACGGACGCGCUCGCGCACUCGCUCGCGUCGUGCCUACCGCCGCUCCCCUGCCUCGCCCCUCCCCCCAUCUCGUUCCCACUGGACCAGGCGUGGCGCCCCGCGCUGCCACGUCGGCGGCGAGGGGAUAAGGGCAGCCCCGACGCCUCGGGCUCCCUCCCCACUCGCCCACUCCACCCAGCUCUUCCUCUCCGCCUUUCCCUCUCCCCACCAGAUCCCCUUACACCCCUCCCCCAACGUCUUCUUCCCCAACGUCUUCGUCGCCGCCCGCCGUCGUCCACACAGCCACCGACCGCCUCUCGUCUCGCCGGUGUGUCCAAGAGCAUCCUCGUCCUUGCCUACGUCGUCUACAUCUACCCGUUCGAGCUCAACAUCACCACCACGUGGAUCGGCCCCGUCUUCCUCAUCUUCGCCCGCUGGCCGCCGUCAUCGACCACCUCCUUCAACCUCUGCCGUCGGCGAUCUCCUUCGAUCCGCUGCCGUUCGUCCACCCCGGCGUCCACGAGCCGUCCGCAUGACCUCACGAUGGUGGAGUCCAGGAGCCAGACGCCACCUUCGACGACGACUUCUACUACCACGAGGGUGCCUACAACCUCAUGAAGACCGCGACAACCACGAGUAGUUAGGAGGUUCCCAGACAGGAGGCCUUGCCUUUUCGAUCGAUGUUGCUUUUGUGCUAGCCUUCUUAAGGCAAACUUGUCCAACUUAUGUCUGUACUCAGAUAUUGUUGC